CUCUCCCUCCUCCUCCUCCUCCUCCUCCUCCUCCUCCUCCCUCCCACAUUCCCGGAUUAAUUAAGAAGCCGGCCGUAGGAGCUCGGGAGUCCUGGCCGUGGGCCGGGCCAGGGCGCCUGUGCUGGCUAGAGCGCUUGGGGAUCCCCCAAGGUGACCAUGGCCUUGCUGGGGAAGCGCUGUGACAUCCCCACCAACGGCUGGAACUCCGCGUUCGCCCGCAAGGACGAGAUCAUCAACAGCCUCGUGUCUGCCUUAGACUCCAUGUGCUCAGCGCUCUCCAAGCUGAACGCGGAGGUGGCCUGCGUCGCCGUGCACGAUGAAAGCGCCUUCGUGGUGGGCACCGAGAAGGGGAGGAUGUUCUUGAACACGCGGAAGGAGCUGCAGUCGGACUUCCUCAGGUUCUGCCGAGGGCCCCUGUGGAAGGAGCCGGAGGCCGGGUACCCUAAGAGGGUACAGCAUUGUGAGGGUGGCAUUCGGAGCAUCCCACGGUCCGCGGUGGAGCACAACGCCGACGUGUAUUUGCUACAGAAGAUGGUAGAGGAGGUGUUUGAUGUUCUUUAUAGUGAGGCCCUGGGCAGGGCCACCGUGGUGCCACUGCCCUAUGAAAGGUUACUCAGGGAGCCAGGGCUGCUGGCCGUGCAGGGGCUGCCGGAGGGCCUGGCCUUCCGCAGGCCCACGGAGUAUGACCCCAAGGCGCUCAUGGCCAUCCUGGAGCACAGCCACCACAUCCGCUUCAAGCUCAAGAGGCCAUUCGAUGAUGGUGGGCAAGACUCAAAACCGCUGGUGGAACUGAACGGUGUCUCCCUGCUGCCCAAGGGAUCCCGGGACUGUGGUCUGCAUGGUCAGACCCCCAAAGUCGCCCCCCAGGAACUGGUUCCCAAUGCUGCCUCAUCCUCCGUGGCCAGCUUCCUGUACACCACUGCGAUGCCCAACCAUGCCAUCCGGGAACUGAAGCAGGAGGCGACCCCCUGCCCACUGACUCCCAGUGACCUAAGCCUGGGCCGGCCCGGGCCUGAGCCCAAGGUCCCUGUUGUCCAAGACUUCUCUGACUGCUGUGGACAGAAGCCUGCGGGACCUGGUGGACCUCUUAUCCAGAAUGUCCAUGCUUCCAAGCGUAUCCUCUUCUCCAUCGUCCAUGACAAGUCAGAGAAGUGGGACGCCUUCAUAAAGGAAACGGAGGACAUCAACACGCUCCGGGAGUGCGUGCAGAUUCUUUUCAACAGCAGAUACGCGGAAGCCUUGGGCCUGGACCACAUGGUCCCUGUCCCCUACAGGAAGAUUGCCUGCGAUCCUGAAGCCGUGGAAAUUGUGGGCAUCCCAGACAACAUCCCCUUCAAGCGUCCCUGCACUUACGGGGUCCCCAAGCUGAAGCGGAUUCUAGAGGAGCGGCAUGGGAUCCACUUCAUCAUUAAGAGGAUGUUUGAUGAACGAAUUUUCACAGGGAAUAAGUUUACCAAAGACCCUACGAAGCUGGAGCCAGCCAGCCCUCCAGAAGAUACCUCCGCCGAGAUCUCGAGGGCCGCCAUGUUGGACCUAGCUGGGGCUGUUCGGUCAGACAAGAGCAGCUUCUCUGAGGACUGUGGGCCAGGCACCUCUGGGGAGUUAGGUGUGCUGAGACCCAUCAAAAUUGAGCCAGAGGAGUUGGACAUCAUUCAGGUCACCAUCCCAGAUCCCUCACCAACUUUGGAGGAAAUGACAGACUCUCUCCCGGAGCCUCUACCCUCCGAGGAUUCCGGCUAUGGGAUGGAAAUGCUGACAGACAAAGGCCCCAGCGAGGACCCGCGGCCGGAAGAAAGGCCUGUGGAGGACAACCACGGCGACGUGAUCCGGCCCCUGCGGAAGCAGGUGGAGCUUUUGUUCAACACGCAGUACGCCAAAGCCAUUGGCACCUCGGAGCCAGUCAAGGUGCCCUACUCGAAGUUUCUGAUGCACCCCGAGGAGCUGUUUGUGCUGGGGUUGCCUGAGGGCAUCUCGCUGCGCAGGCCCAACUGCUUCGGGAUCGCCAAGCUGCGGAAGAUUCUGGAAGCCAGCAACAGCAUCCAGUUUGUCAUCAAGAGGCCUGAACUGCUCACUGAGGGUGUCAAAGAACCCACCAUCAUGGACAGUCAAGAGAGGGACUCCCGGGACCCUCUUGUGGACGAGACCCCGAAGAGACAGGGUUUUCAAGAAAAUUUUGAUGCUAGACUCUCACGGAUUGACAUCGCCAACACCCUAAGGGAGCAGGUUCAAGACCUGUUUAAUAAAAAAUAUGGGGAGGCCUUGGGCAUCAAAUACCCGGUGCAAGUGCCCUAUAAACGGAUCAAGAGCAACCCCGGGUCUGUGAUCAUCGAAGGACUGCCCCCGGGGAUCCCGUUCCGCAAGCCCUGCACCUUUGGCUCCCAGAAUCUGGAAAGGAUCCUGGCUGUGGCUGACAAGAUCAAGUUCACGGUCACCAGGCCAUUCCAAGGACUCAUCCCAAAGCCUGACGAGGAUGACGCCAACAGGCUGGGGGAGAAGGUGAUCCUCCGCGAGCAGGUGAAGGAGCUCUUCAAUGAGAAGUACGGCGAGGCCCUGGGCCUGAACCGGCCUGUGCUGGUCCCGUACAAGCUGAUCCGAGACAGCCCGGAUGCUGUGGAGGUCACAGGCCUGCCCGAUGACAUCCCCUUCCGGAACCCAAACACCUACGACAUCCAUCGACUGGAGAAGAUCCUGAAGGCACGGGAGCACGUGCGGAUGGUGAUCAUCAACCAGCUGCAACCAUUCUCGGAAGGUUGCAACGAUGCCAAGGGUCCAGCCAAAGACAGCAGCGUUCCCAAGCGCAAGAGAAAGCGGGUCUCGGAAGGCAAUUCAGUCUCCUCCACUUCCUCCUCCUCUUCAUCCUCGUCCUCGAACCCGGAGUCUGUGGCAUCCACCAACCAGAUCUCCCUUGUGCAAUGGCCAAUGUACAUGCUGGACUAUUCCGGGCUGAACGUGCAGCUUCCGGCACCUCUGGACUACUAGACCUCAGAGCUGAAUCAGGACCUCAACUCAGAAAGACUAAAGGAAAUGUAAUUUAUGUACAAAGUGUAUAUUCGGAUAUGUAUCGAUGCCUUUUAGUUUUUCCUAUGAUUUUUACACUAUAUUCCUGCCACCAGGGCCUUUUUAAAUAAGUAAAAAAA